AUGGAUCUAUUUUCGGACUCGAAAUCAUUUUCUAAUCGAAACGAAUGUAUUGAUUAUAUAACAUCAAACGAUCUUGAUGAUGGUGGUGAUCGAAUAAAGACAAGAAUCUUAUUGGUUACUUCUAAGGAAGCUGCUGAAGCCAUUGCUCCAAUCAUCUGUCAACUAGAACAAAUAUCAUUCAUUUAUGUUCUUGAUAACACACCCGAUGAUGAAAACGAUUUAACAUACGACACGAAAUAUAUUCAAAAUAGAUUUCGUGGCAAAUAUCACGAUUCAAACCUACUAUAUAUAAAAAUCGCCGAUGAUGUUGGUCAUUUAGAACAAUGUAAUGUACCUAUGACCGUAUAUUCAUUAUCGAGUAGCAGGGAAACAUCAGUACACAGUCUUGAUCAUGAAUUGGCUACAUUUUUAUGGUCUCAUAUUCUGAUAUAUGCAUUAAUAAAAAUGGAUUCACCACAAGCAAAAGUUGACAUGCUAGACGAAUGCCGUCAAUCCUAUGCGAAUAAUCCAAUCGCACUUGAAAAAAUUGAUGAAUUCGAAAGAGAGUAUAUCCCAUCUAAGGCUCUCUGGUGGUACACUCGUGACACUUUUGUCUAUCGCUUAUUGAAUAAGGCAUUUCGAUUGAAGAACAUCGAUCAAAUUUAUAAAUUUCGAUUCAUUAUUUCUGAUCUAGUGGCGCAAUUACGAAUACUUCAACAAAAGAACCAUGAACUAGCAAGUUCAUUAGAUAUUUUGUCGGUUUAUCGCGGCCAGUAUAUGGCUAUGGAAGAAAUCGAGUAUUUAAAAUCAAAUAUUGGCGGACUUAUUACACUUAAUGCAUUCACAUCGACUAGUACCGAUCUUCAGAUCGCUCUAAAUUUUAUUCUUGAUCCAAUGAAUUACGAAGGAAAUCAUGCAGUAUUUUUCGAAAUUCGAAUCAAUACAGAAUUGUGUCUAACAAAUCCGUAUGCAAAAGUUUCCAGUGUUAGUGCAAUACCUGAUGAAUGUGAAGUGUUGCUGUCAAUUGGAAUGAUAUUGCGAAUUGAUACCGUUGAGAAACAACAACUCAAUGAUAAAUUAUAUUGGUUAGUAAAAUUACAUGUAGAAAAAGAGGAGAUAUUGCCAAUACAAGACUUAUCUCAAUCAUUGAAAAGUGAUAUUGAUAAACAAGAAUCAGAUUUGGUGAUAUUCAGUACCAUUUUAUGGCAUAUGGGUGACUAUGAUCGAGCUGAAAAAUAUUCAAAAUUAUUAUUAAAUGAAUUAGAAACGAAUAAAUCAAAUCAAGCAAAUGUCUACAAUAUACUAGGUUUGAUUUAUGCAUCUAAAUUCCUUUACAAUGAAGCUAUUGAUUCGUAUAAUCAAUCGAUUGAGAUUCGUCGUCAAUCGCAAAAUGAAAAUGAUCAUAUUGACUUUGCACCAGUCUACAGUAAUUUAGGUUGUGCAUAUAGUGAGAAACAAAACUACAAAGAAGCUUUUAAUUGUUAUAAAAAGGCUUUAGAUUUAGCGCAAAAGUAUUUGCCGGCAAAUCAUGUACAAUUGUUUACUUACACUAUGAAUAUGGCUCUAGCCUACGAUAAUUUGAACGAUUAUGUAAAAUCGUUGACAUUUUAUAACAAAGCUUUUGAAAUCAUCGUUACACAUGUACAGUGGGAUCAUCCAGCAGUUGCAACACUUUAUAGUAAUCUUGCUUCAGUCUAUGGGAAACUUGGCGAUUAUGAACGAUCAUUAGAAUAUCAACAAAAGGCUCAUACAAUAUGGACAACAACAUUGCCACCAUUUCAUAGAAACAUAGCACAAUCUCAUUGUAAUUUAGGUACAGCUUAUGCUUCAGAUACAAAUUAUGAUGAAGCAUUAAAACAUUUUCAAUUAGCAUUGAAAAUUCUCGAAACUCAUCAUAGUGAUAUUUAUCAAAAUGUAUUAAAUGCAUCUUGCCAUAAUAAUAUUGGGACGAUUUAUUUAAAUAGACAAUUAUUUGAAUCAGCAUUAAUACAUUUCGAAAAAGCUUUACACAUUUAUAAGCAACAUACAAUGAAUGACUCCAUAGCGACUAUUUACAACAAUAUUGGAACUGUUUAUUCCGAUCUUGGCAAAUAUUCAGAAGCUAUGGAAUAUUAUUCGAAAUCCAUUGAAUUUCACAUGCUAGAAAUGCCAGCUGUCGACAAAUGUGCAUUAGCACUGGCAAUGGACAAUGUCGGAUUAAUUCAAUUUCAUUUUGGAUUAUACACUCAAGCUUUGGAGACUUUUAAAUCAGCCUUUGAUUUAGUUCUCGGUAUUUUACCUUCCGAUCAUCCCUCUAUCGUCAUGUAUAGCAAUCAUAUUGAAAUGGCAAAUAAUAAUCAAAUAUGCCAAUAG